AACCUACUACAAAAAAAUGAAGAUGCGGUCUACAGUGUUAAUAAUGUUUAUUUUAUCUGUGACAAUAUGUUUUGUUGCUGGCCAGAAUAUCGAGGAGACUAGAGGAAAGAAAAAGAAAAUUGCAUUGUUUGUAUACUUCGCCGACCUGAUAGUAAAGAAGAUUUUCAUUUUGAAGCUGAUCUAUGCGUUCGUGUUUUGGGUGGUGAUACACAAGGCUGGCUACUUCCUGGCCUGGUUCACCAGCUACCUGAAGGAACAGAAGGUCCAUGAUCAUCAUCCCACCUAUCACUAUGACCAGCAUGAUCACAGACAGCCGGCGUAUAUAGCGUAUGGAAAGUCUUAUAGAGUGAUGUAG